AUGCUGACUGCUGUCCACCUGCUUGCUUACUCGUAUGUUUUCGGAGCCACCUCGUUCCACUCAUUCGUGUCCUCGGUCAGAGCGUUCAAGGUCCUGCCCCGCAAGGAGUUUGGCCUCCUGCAAUCGAAGCUGUUCCCAAUCCAUUUCCUGACGCAGUCGAUCGGCCCCGUGGUGGUCGGUCUCUCUGCACCAUACACGAUCCCAACCGUCGGAAUUGCCUUGCUGGCCGCCUCGUCGCUCUCCGGUCUCACCAAUUACUUGUGGCUGCUGCCGGUGUGCAACCGUCUGAAGACCGAACGGUUUGCGCUCGAGGACCUGCCAGAGAGCGAGAGAACUCCCGAGACCAACGAAAAAAUCGCUGCCUUGACCAAACAGUUUGGCAAGUACCACGGAAUCAGCCUCGUGUUCAACACUCUGAGCGUCCUUACCCUGGCUGCCUACUCUUAUGUGUUCAGCACGCAAUUCCUGGUCAGAGCCCUUAAAUAG